CGGAAUCCAUUACAAUAUCUACAAAGCAUUGCUAUAUAUGCCCCCGCCGCACGACGUCACGCUGCACUUUCGUCGUUCGGUCGGCCGUCGCCUCCACGAUCUCCUUCCACGCAUCGGAUUCUCAUCUCUCUUUUCUACCACUGUCUCUCAUAUCCCCUCCAUCCAAGCCUCUCCAUUGUGCCCCAGGCUGCGACGAUCACCAGGCAGCAACCAAAUUAUCGCACCAUGAACUCACAAUCUCACCCCGAAGACCCGGACCUCACUCUCAAGGUCCUGUCUUUUAAUGUCUGGGGCCUUGCUAUUGUGUCCAAGGAUCGCCGUACUCGUAUUCAUGCCAUUGCGGACUAUCUGGCAUCUUCAAGUUACGAUAUUGUCUGUUUGCAGGAACUUUGGAUAUACAAGGAUUAUGAAGUGGUGAGGGAAGCGGUGCAGAGAAAUUUGCCUUUCUCAAGGUUCUUCCAUACAGGUGCCCUGGGGUCCGGUUUAGCCAUCUUCACUCGCUUUCCGCUUAUUGCGGCCCAUGCCCUUCCCUACUCACUCUCUGGUUCGCCAGCGCAAGCUUUUGCAGGGGACUUUUUCGUCAAGAAGGCUGCUGCCAAUGUCGUCAUAUUACACCCGGUUCUUGGAGAAGUGGAAAUUUGGAACACCCAUAUGCAUGCUGCUGGGGAGCACCCGCCAGAUACUCGACAGGCCCAUAGGAUAGCGCAAUCUUGGGAACUAGCUAAUGCCGUCCGUGGUGGAGCGGCCAAAGGAAGAUAUGUCUUUGUCAUGGGCGACUUCAAUUCCCAACCUUGGUCAAUUCCCAUAGCGAUGAUGCGAGAUCAUGCUCAACUCAUGGACUCUUUCGGCCAAGUUCACCCUUCAACCAAUAGCGAAAUCUCCCCACCACCAUCUCCUGCUGAGGCUCUCAGGGUGUACGGCAUGACGUGCGAUUCUCCUCUGAACACCUAUUCAGCCGGAAAACCUAUACCUGAACAUGUUCUGGAAAAGGGCGGUAAAAGACUGGAUUACAUCUUCUUCCGACAGCCUGCAAUAGCUAGGAGAAGGCCGCUCCUUUGGAAAUAUAAGGAUGAGGCUAAUGGAGAGGAAAAUUAUUGGGGGAAUAAUAAAUCUGGCCAAGGACAUAUUGAGUCUGGGAAACCCUUACAGGAUUCUGUAUCGAGUGCGCCUUCCUUGCGAUGUGUCGACUCCCAGGUCGUUCUCACAAACAGGGUGCCUGGCCAUUUACAUUCCUACUCGGACCAUUUCGCCCUAUUUUCCACUUUCGUUAUAGAUACUCCGGACAAGGGAAAACAUGCAAACAACGCUAAUCCUCAAGACGAAUCUUCCAAAUUAUCACACAACAGUUCAUCUGAACCCCUAAUGCCUAUCCUAUCUCAAUCAAAGGCUGAUCCAAUUGGCUCGAACGUUUAUGCCGUACGAGAUCCAUUCAAAAACCACUCCCAUUCGAGCAAUCCGAGUUCCCCCCGAACAUCCACGUCGUCUAUCCCUAAAGCAUCUACCAUCCGGAAUGCCCUUGGGACCCUUCGUCUCUAUACGCGUAUUUCAAGUCACACAUCAACGUCGCAUCUUCGUGUUUGCGGGCUUAUGUUCUUGGCACUUGUUGGUCUUACCGUGGGUUCAGCGUGGCAACCCAAGAGCUGGCUGCAACCAAUCUUUACAAUCCUUGCGGGGCUUUUGGGUGCUGCCGCAGUGACCUUCCUAUAUACUGGCUUCAUCUGGGGCAGAUGGGAGGUGGGUCUUUUAACUGAAGUAACGGAGGAAAUGGAGCUCGAGUUGAGAGUGGUGGAGAUGGAAGAGAAUUUACAUCGUUAGAAUGGCAGAGAUCCUUUUAUUUUUAAUGUUCUUCCAUAAUCAGUAUAGUAUCUGUAUAGCAAAACUUUGCAGGAACAGCUCUGUGUGUGUGUGCUCACUACGUCUAUUAACGUCGUUUUGUGCUUCGUUAGUCACACAAGGUGUGCAUAUUUUUUGUUCGGCUUGCACUGCUACUAUCUCACAGCGGCCACACCAUUCAUAUACACACUUGCUAGUACAGUCCGUAAUACCGAUUCGACAUUUAUUCUUCGGAAACAAAAGUCCCACCCACGAAUCAAGGCAGAUGAUUCAUUACAUCAUCUUUGCUAUUAUUAAAAAUCACUUUCCACGACAAGGGGCGAUAUCCAUUUCAGUGAGACUAGACCUUGUCGCUUGCUCGAAAAGAAGCCGGCACACCCUGGUUCACAGCCUUUCUAGGCAGUUUUAGCCCUGGGCUCUAGUAGAAGCUUUUCAAGCCUAUCUAAUUGCUUUCUCAUGGUUUUCAUCUCCUGAUGAAUAACAGCGCUCUCAGUGAGUGCAGUACUAGUAAUGCAACUUAGUUAGCGACAUUUUUGGGAAUUGUUGAUCUUCAUACGUACUUUGGAAAAACGCUGAUUAGAUUUUCAAAUUUAAUUCUCGAUAUCUCUCCGUUGUCGUCACCCUCGCAAGUCGGAUCCUCGAUAACAGGAUCGCCUUCCUCAUCGGGCGGAGGCUCGUUGAAGUACGCACUGAUGCUACGAUUCUUUGAAUGAGAUAUUUGAGACUCGAAGAGCGCAAUAAACGCUAGCGGGACAAAGAACAAAACAGUCAUGGUGUAGCGAUUAAGCUCUAUGUACAUAUCCCUGGGGAGAAUCCAUCUGUAUUCGGUCAGCCUUUCAACAAGCAGUAUUUUCGUCAGACUUCAUUUAGACUCACUCAAAUGGCGCAAUCAAGAAGGC